AUGCACAGUAAUAGAGAUGAGAAGUUAAAGGUUGUUCGUUACUCAGACUCCACAGAAAAACAAUCCAUACUGCUCAAAGACAGAACCUCUAUCUAUGAACAUCCUGUUCAUAAUCAGAAUUGCAUCAGUGAAAACGGGAACUUGGAUAUUUGUGUGGUGGACUUUAAUGAUAAAUCAGUAAUUGUGAUCAACCAAGCUGAAAAACGGAGAUUCAUAUACAGGGGUCAAACUUCCUCUACCAAAAGAAACACGUUCAACCCCAAAGGGAUCACAACAGACAGUCGGAGUCAAAUCCUUAUAGUAGAUUAA